GCAGCCUGAGCCAGGCUGUGUGGAGGUUUGGAAGCGAGUUACGGUGCGCACCGCGAUCGCUUCGCAUUGGAGGUAAACUUUACUCCACUUAUCUGAACAUAACAGAAAAAGUUACCUUGAACCGGUCUCUCUUCUUACCACAUUUACUGAAUGGUGUCCCGACCUGCCCCGGAGAAGGAGGACUGAGCCUCAUCGCCACGUUCGUCCCGCGAGGGUCCGAGAGCGAGAGACAGAGAGAGAGAGAGAGAGAGCCCGCGCUGGUCCGCUCAACCCGACGGUCUCGAUAAGGGGUCGGGGCCUCAGCGUCCUCAAAGGAGAUCGGGGCGCGGGGAGGGGGGGCGAUGAACGUCACCAGCCUGUUCUCCUUCACCAGCCCAGCAGUGAAGAGGCUGCUGGGCUGGAAGCAGGGCGACGAGGAGGAGAAGUGGGCCGAGAAGGCGGUGGACGCCCUGGUGAAGAAGCUGAAGAAGAAGAAGGGCGCCAUGGAGGAGCUGGAGCGGGCGCUCAGCUGCCCCGGCCAGCCCAGCAGCUGCGUCACCAUCCCGCGCUCGCUGGACGGCCGGCUCCAGGUGUCCCACCGCAAGGGCCUGCCGCACGUCAUCUACUGCCGCGUGUGGCGCUGGCCCGACCUGCAGUCGCACCACGAGCUCAAGGCCCUGGAGUGCUGCGAGUUCCCCUUCGGCUCCAAGCAGAAGGACGUCUGCAUCAACCCCUACCACUACAAGAGAGUGGACAGCCCCGUGCUGCCCCCUGUGCUGGUACCCCGGAACAGCGAGUUCAACGCCAAGCACAGCAUGCUGCCGCGCUUCCGCAACCCGCUGCACCAGACGGAGCCGCACAUGCCCCACAACGCCACCUUCCCCGACUCCUUCCCCCAGGCCGGCGGGCUCCCCUUCCCCCUCUCCCCCAACAACAGCUACCCCAGCUCUCCAGAGGGGGGCAGCAGCGCCACCUUCCCCCAGUCCCCGUCCAGCUCUGACCCCGGGAGCCCCUUCCACAUGCCAGCAGAAACCCCUCCGCCUGCGUACAUGCCCCCAGAAGAACAGGUGACUCAGGACUGCCCCCAGCCAAUGGACACCGGCCUGCUGGCCCCGCCCCUUCCAGUAGAGAUAAGCAGUAGGCCAGAUGUCCAGCCGGUUGCCUAUGAGGAGCCCAAGCACUGGUGCUCGAUUGUUUACUACGAGCUGAACAACCGCGUGGGGGAGGCUUUCCAGGCCUCGUCCACCAGCGUGCUGGUCGACGGCUUCACCGACCCCUCCAACAACCGCAACCGCUUCUGCCUCGGCCUCCUGUCCAACGUCAACCGCAACUCGACCAUCGAGAACACCCGGCGGCACAUUGGGAAAGGCGUGCACCUGUACUACGUGGGGGGCGAGGUGUACGCCGAGUGCCUGAGCGACAGCAGCAUCUUCGUCCAGAGCCGCAACUGCAACUACCACCACGGCUUCCACCCCACCACCGUCUGCAAGAUCCCCAGCGGCUGCAGCCUCAAGAUCUUCAACAACCAGGAGUUCGCCGAGCUCCUCGCCCAGUCCGUCAACCACGGCUUCGAGGCCGUCUACGAGCUCACCAAGAUGUGCACCAUCCGCAUGAGCUUCGUCAAGGGCUGGGGUGCCGAGUAUCACCGGCAGGAUGUCACCAGCACCCCCUGCUGGAUCGAGAUUCACCUGCACGGUCCCCUGCAGUGGCUGGAUAAAGUGCUCACUCAAAUGGGGUCCCCCCACAACCCCAUCUCUUCAGUGUCCUAGACUUAACUGGGACCAUUGCUGGACUACAUCAGUGCCCUAGACUGAUCUGGGAACAGUGCUGGACUGCAUACUAUAUUGAAAAUUGAGUGCCAGUACUGGGAUUUUUUGAAGGGUGGGGGGGGGGGGUGUUUUACUUGAAGGACGUCCGAAUCGGGCACAUGGCAGACUAGUGGGUGGGGGGUUGGGGGGGUGACUAAGUUUCUGGAAGUUACUUGAUAUUUGUGACCAACUGUAAUAAUUAGACCAUUAUACUCAUUGCCAGUUCCCUCCUGCUCUCGUUCUAGCCCUUUCCAUUUCAUCAUGUUUCCAGUUUACACUACAGUAUUCCAUGGCUGACCCAGGGUAAUCUCGAGGUGCUAGCAGUUGUACACCUGCGCAGAACAGAGGGCAACUGGGCUAAAUAAAAAGCAUUUAGAGUGGUCAUAUCAAAAAAAGGAAUUUAAAUACAAUUUGUUUAUGGCUAUAUUAGGACAGCAGUUAAAGUAAACGUCUCCCAGAUGCGUCCUCGUUCUUUUGUAGAACUGAAAAAAA